GCAGCAGCAGCUCGGCCACGUCACGGACUUCCCGUCAAAAUGACUCUGUUUGUCUCCUCUCAGCAUCUGUAGCAGCCCGCACAGGGAGUCCCCUCGUCUGUUUUGGGCCGCUUGUCAGGAGGAGCUUUUGGUGUCAGCUGGGAAACUUCAUUCAAGCUUGGGCAUCAUGUCAGAUAAAAGCGAGUUGAAAGCGGAGCUUGAAAGGAAGAAGCAACGCUUGGCACAGAUCAGAGAGGAGAAGAAAAGGAAGGAGGAGGAGCGCAAGAAGAAAGAGGCGGACCAGAAGAAAGAUGUUGCUCCUCUCCAGGAUGACUCUGACCUGGAGAAAAAGAGACGUGAAGCCGAGGCCCUCCUGCAGAGUAUGGGCAUAACUCCAGAUGUUCCUGUUGUCCCUCCUCCCAUGUCUCCAACUUCCAAAUCGGUGGGCACGCCAAGCGAGGCAGGGAGCCAAGACUCUGAUGGCGCCGUGGGACCCAGGACUCUGCACUGGGACUCUGACCCGUCCACUCUUCAACUUCACUCUGAUUCUGAGCUGGGGCGUGGGCCUGUGAAGCUGGGAAUGGCCAAGAUCACCCACGUGGACUUCCCUCCACGUGAAACUGUGUCGUACACGAAGGAGACCCAGACACCUGUCAUGACCCAGCAAAAAGAAGAGGAGGAAGAGGAGGAAGAAAUUGCCCCAGCUGAACCAGUGCUUGAGACUCAGACUGAGAAACCGGUGCAAAAAGAGGAAGAGGAAGCCCCCCCACAUGAGCUGACAGAGGAGGAAAAACUCCAGAUCCUGCACUCUGAUGAGUUUAUGACUUUCUUUGACCACAGCACUCGCAUUAUUGAAAGGGCUCUGUCAGAGCAUGUGGACGUCUUCUUUGACUAUAGUGGCCGUGACCUUGAGGAGAAAGAGGGUGAAAUACAGGCAGGAGCAAAGCUGUCUCUCAACAGGCACUUCAUGGAUGAGCGCUGGUCCAAACAUCGUGUCGUCACCUGCCUGGACUGGUCCCCUCAGUAUCCUGAACUUCUGGUUGCCUCAUACAAUAACAAUGAGGACGCUCCUCACGAGCCAGACGGGGUGGCCUUGGUGUGGAACAUGAAGUACAAGAAGACCACGCCGGAGUACGUCUUCCACUGUCAGUCGGCUGUUAUGUCUGCUGCAUUUGCCAAGUUCCACCCUAAUGUGGUGGUGGGGGGCACGUAUUCUGGGCAGAUAGUCCUGUGGGACAACAGGAGCAACAAGAGGACCCCCGUGCAAAGGACUCCCCUGUCAGCAGCAGCACAUACGCACCCAGUGUAUUGUGUGAAUGUGGUUGGCACCCAAAAUGCCCAUAACCUGAUCAGCAUCUCCACUGACGGCAAGAUGUGCUCCUGGAGCCUGGACAUGCUGUCUCAGCCGCAGGACAGCAUGGAGCUGGUGUUCAAGCAGUCCAAAGCUGUAGCAGUCACCUCCAUGUCUUUCCCCCUUGGAGAUGUCAACAACUUUGUGGUGGGCAGCGAGGACGGCUCUGUCUACAUGUCAUGUCGUCAUGGAAGCAAAGCGGGCAUCAGUGAGAUGUUUGAGGGCCACCAUGGACCCAUCACAGGAAUUCACUGCCACACAGCUGCAGGGCCCCUGGACUUCUCCCACCUGUUUGUCACCUCCUCUUUUGACUGGACUGUCAAGCUGUGGAGCACCAAGAAUAACAAGCCGCUGUACUCAUUUGAAGAUAACUCAGAUUACGUGUAUGAUGUCAUGUGGUCCCCGACUCAUCCUGCCCUGUUUGCUUGUGUGGAUGGAGUCGGCCAUCUUGACCUGUGGAACCUCAACAAUGACACUGAGGUGCCCACAGCCAGCAUCACAGUAGAGGGUAACCCAGCCCUCAACAGGGUCAGAUGGGCUCAUUCUGGCCGAGAGAUCGCUGUGGGAGACUCUGAUGGACAAGUUAUUGUCUAUGAUGUUGGAGAGCAAAUUGCGGUUCCACGGAACGAUGAGUGGACCCGUUUUGUUCGCACGCUGGCAGAGAUCAACGAGAACAGGGAUGACGCAGAGGAACUGGCGGCUCAGCGCCUGUCUGCCUGAUGGAGUUGCCAUGGACAUGACAUUUUAGGGACCAGGGGUGUGCUUGUUAAUGUCAGCCCCAUUCUGAUUGAAGGAAAAGAUGUAACGUCAACAUGAUUAGAGGAAAAGAUGAGAUUUUGCAACAAUGCUCAGAAUUAAUGGACAUCUUUCUUUACAAGCACUUGAUUUAAUACACUAUCUUAAGGGGACAACUCUGCCUUCUCAGUCGGCUGGGCCAUCACCGGUCUUCCUUGGGAUCAGACAAGCAACAGGGCUAUCAACCUCAGACACUCUUAAGACAUGAAGCCAUACUCGGAAACACAAACCAGUAGUUCUUUGUUCAACCAGAUGCCUUAAAGGUCAAUUUUUAUCUUGACUGAGAUCCUGUCCGUGUAAAACUCUUGGUUAGUAACAUGAGGCUUAGGUGUAAGUUUAGUUUUUCAAGCCACUUGUUCACUGCUCCAUUCCUAGUAUGCGUUUGUUGUCCAUGAACAAUAUUCAUAGCAUUUGCAACCAAGCUGUAAUGAAGCUGUCACAUUCUUAUUACACCCAGGAAUGUAAACAUCUCAUCAGUGUAGUUAAUACUCUCUGUUUGCCUCUUUUUUGCCUAGAUGAUUUAAGUAUUCACCUGUUACUGUCAAAUACCGAAAUGUAACUUUUCCUCAAUCCAAAUGUCUUUGUACUCCUAUCUAAUGCUCUUAAAUCAAGUUUUCCACUUAAUCAAUGCAGCUGGUUAAGUUUGAGGCCGUGGGAACGCCCAAAGCACCUAACAAAACGAUGAUGUAUGCUGUAUCUGCGCAAUGAUUUCCUUAUCUGUAAGGUAUCUAAAUAGAAGUCAUUGUGUCUUUAAGAAUCUCUCAUAACUUAGUGUCAAAUUUGGGAAUGUACUUUUCAAAUAGUAGAAACAAAACAGUUUGAAUGAUUUAUUUCAACAAAAUACAAUAAAUACAUUUAAAUUAUUUCUCAA